AUGAUGAGAGCAUGUCAAACAUCAGAUCCCGCCAUCUUGAAGAGUAAAAGUAGUGAGAAUAGAAAUAAGGAAUCUCAUCAUCACUCGUGCUGCUCUAAUACCACAAAGCCGAUAGAGACAAAUCAGGGAAAAAGUGAACAACUUCCCCUUUAUACCAGAUAUGAAUCGUGUGUGCCAGAGUAUCUUAAAGGAAAUCCUUAUAUUAUUACGGGAUAUCGAGCACAAUACACAACCCAUAUGUGUAUUCGCAGUCUUCUUAAACUUCACAAUGAAACCUUUAAUAUCUGGACACAUGCUAUUGGAUUUAUUGUAUUUUUGGUAUUGUCUUUCAUUCUUUUUAUUACUGCCCUCUUAUUUACAGGAUAUUUCAUACACUAUAUUGUAUAUGGAGUGUUUUCUUUUGGUUGCCUAAUGUGUAUGGCCUGUAGCACAAUUUAUCAUUUAUUUUCAAGUCAUGAAAACCCAACCUUUACAUUUAUAACCCAACAAAUGGAUUAUUAUGGGAUUAGUAUACUUAUUGUGGCUAGUUUUAUUCCUCCUCUCUAUAUGGGUUUUUACUGUGAUCCUUUUUUUCAAAUACUUUACAUUACUGCCAUAUGUAUAUGUGGAUCUGUGAGUCUUACAGUAUUAUCAUGGCCCAGUUUUUCUAAAAAGGAUGAUCGUUGCUUACGUACUUGUAUUUAUUUGGCUAUGGCAGUUACUGGUGUUGUCCCACUUGUGCAUAUUUUUUUAUUUUAUCCACAUAAUGGAGAAACUCUACAAUUGUUGGGUGGUAUUAUUCUUAUGUUUAUUCUUUACAGUGUAGGUGUUUUAUUCUACGCCCUUCAAAUACCAGAACGGUGGUAUCCCGGUGCCUUUGAUAUAUUUCUCAGUAGUCAUCAAAUUUGGCAUGUGUUUGUGCUUGCCGCUGCCACUGUACACUUCUUCACUUGCAGUGCACUUUAUCAACAGUGGGAAGUCAGCCGUGGGGCCUGUUAA